CAAAAAGUCCAACUAAACGAAAACGACGAGCUGAAUUGAAUUUAUGUAGUUUUUAGUUGGAUUUGGUGUUUAUUCACUUCACGUGAAGAUUUCCUUCCCUGCGCUACGCUACCUACAUACAAAGUAUCGCGCUAGCUAAAGUAAAUAAAUCAAAGUCUCAGUAUAAUAAAUUAAAAUGGAAAUCUCAUUUAAAGGAAAAAGGAUCUUGGUAACCGGUGCCGGGCAAGGUAUUGGUCGUGGCAUUGCUGUUGAAUUAUGGCGAGCCGGUGCAAAUAUUGUUGCUCUUUCACGAACUCGAUCCCACUUGGAGGCCCUACAAAGCGAGUAUCCAUCCAUCGACAUAGUAGAUGUAGAUAUUGCAGAUUGGAAUAAGACUAGGGAGGUAGUAGAAUCUCUUGGCCACUUUGAUGCCUUGGUCAACAAUGCUGCAGUUGCCAUAUGCGAACCUUUUUUAGAAUGUUCUGCUGAAUCUUAUGACAAGACUUUCAAUGUAAAUGUUAAAGCAGUUCUGAAUAUUAGUCAAAUAGUUGCAAAAAAAAUGGUUGAGAAUAAAACUCGCGGAGCUAUUGUCAACAUAUCUUCCCAAGCUUCAAAGGCUGCUCUUACAGAUCAUGCUAUUUAUUCUGCAUCUAAGGCAGCUCUUGAUGCCUUAACCCGUGCCAUGGCAUUGGAGCUUGGGCCUCAUGGAAUAAGAGUAAAUGCUGUUAAUCCUACAGUAAUCAUGACAGAAAUGGCAAAAGUUGGUUGGUCUGAGCCAGCCAAGGCAAAUGAAAUGAAGGCAAAAAUUCCUUUAAACAGAUUCGGUGAGGUGUCAGAAGUUGUAAAUGCUGUAGUAUUUCUGCUAAGCGAGAAAGCCAGUAUGAUCAACGGCGUCGAGCUGCCCAUUGAUGGAGGUUUUCUAGCUACAUAAAAUCCCAUCAUUUUGCCUAUAGCAACUACUCGAAUUAGGCAUUUUUAUUUUUGUAUUUUUUUUACCAAAGAAUUUCCAGAUAAAAAUCAUUUUUUUUUACAUAUUACUUAUUAUUGUAUAAAAAUAUAAACAGCCGAAUAUUAUAAGCAAAUACAAAUUUAUUUUUAAAAUUCGGACGUUAAUGUAUAUUAUACUAAUUAAUCGAUGCCAUAUUAUAUUUUGUACAUUAUGUUUAAACAUUAACAUAAUGUGUGUAAUAAUACCUAAUAAUUAAACUAACAAACUCUUGACCAACCAAUUUAUGGUAACUACCUACUUACAACUUUCUUUAGCUACAAUAUAAAUGUACAUUUAUGAUGAUUCUAUUACACCUUUUGGUGUAAUUAAAACUCGAUGCAAAUUUAAUCGAAUAUAAGUACCUACCUAAUUCAUAUUAUAAUUAUAAUUAUUUAUAAAUUAAAUGUCUCCAUUAGAUUAAACUUCUUCGCAAUUAAAUUAUUCAUUAAAGUUUCGUUUCGUUAAAUAAAUUUGAUUCUUUGUUA